AUGGCGUUCUUUGACAAACUCGCCGAGAUUUUUGCAAAUCAAACUUCUCCGCCCUCUACGCCCCAGAAAUUCCUCUCAUCGCUCAGUACCCCCUCUGUCUCAGUCGCUGUCCUAGACAAAGGGAACAUUGAAGCACGUUGCUUUUCAACCCUUGGUGACAAUGAGGAAACCCGCUUCCAAGCAGCCAGUAUCUCCAAGCCCACAGCAGCCACAGCCGUCAUGAGGCUAGUGAGUCAGGGAAAACUGUCUUUGGACGACAAAGUCCUCCAUCACCUCCCAGAGGAGCUGUUCAAUAAUCUUGGAAACCCCGACAUUCUGCGGCAAAUUACUCUUAGGCAUCUUCUUACUCACACCGCCGGUUUUAGAACUUCGUCAUAUCAUGGGUAUGCCCGGAACAUGCCCACUGCUCUCGAUACCUUGCUCGACAGAAACGGCGGGCAGAAUGUGGCAGAGAAAUUGACCUUGUUUCCCGGACAAAAGCAUGCGUAUUGCGGUGGGGGUUUUGCGAUGCUCCAAAUAAUCUUGGAAAAGAUCUUUGGCAAGCCAAUCCAGGAGCAAGUGAAGGAGCUCGUCUUCGAACCCCUAGGCAUGUCGAACUCGAGCUUCGACACGCCAGAGCACGAUGAUGACGGCAAUUAUGCGAGGUCCUGGUGGACUGGCAAUCAGCCUCACAACACGCCGUGGUAUCAUCACCCCGAGUUCGCGUCCGGUGGAAUGUGGACGACGCCGACAGACCUUCUCAAGUUGAUUCGGGGCAUCCAGACUUCUCUCGACCCACAGACUCCAGACGACAAGAGAUUUCUCCCCCAAGAGGUUGCCAAGGAGAUGUUGACCCACGUCCAAGGGAACGUCGGAAUCUCAUGGUUUUUAUCGAAAAAUAAGCGCAAUGUCUUUGGACAUUUCGGUGGCAAUUCUCCUUGCUUCAGGUGCUACGCUGUUGGCUUCGCCAACACCACAGGGAAAGUUGACGAAAAAGACCUGGCUGAGGGAUGUGGUGUCGCAGUCAUGACCAACGGCUUGGAAGGAGCCGAUGUAUCCUGUAGAGUUGUCCACGCCGUUGCAUAUGCCAAGGGAUGGCCUUACAUAGGGACUCUGGAACAGUUGCAAGAAGUAUCGAUUCCGGUCAAAGACCCUAGCCGAGAAGUUGACCCGAGAUGGGAAGAGUGGGUUGGAGAAUGGUCAGAAGGCUGGAGGUUGGAAAAGCGCGAUGAUGGGUUACCAAGGGUGGGAUUCAGGGAGUUCAAUGGCUUGAAACUUGUUCCUGCUGCUGUACCUGCGGAGCAUGGUGAGAACGGACCGUCAAUCGACCUUCUUGUGGACGGUCUUGAAGUUAUGCUGAGGCUUCAUUUUGCCGAGGGCGAGCGAAUCAUCGAGGUUUGGACUGGUCUACUGUUUCACCGUGAGACUCUCAAGAGACAGUAG